AUGACCGAUGAUAGAAAAUUACCUGUAAAUUUGAUAAUUGGCGCAAACGAAUAUGCCAAAAUUCUCAAGCAAACCCAGGCACGAGUUGGUAGACAAGGCGAACCAGUCGCUGAAUUAACACGUUUUGGCUGGGCUAUAAUGGCACCUGCAGACGGAGUCGAUCUUAAAACCGGGUUUCUCGCAGUCAACACCACCACUGACUAUGACCGUUUGUGUACUCUUGACGUGCUUGGUUUGAAAGAUUCACCCCCCCCCGAAGAUCAGGGGGAGGUCUACAAGGAAUUUCGUGAGCAGCUGACCCGCCAUCUCGUCGAAGGCUGGUGCGAGAUAAACCUAACGUGGAAAGGCAACCACCCACCGCUACCAUCCAAUCGCUCUGGCAGCCUCACUGGUAUGAAAAGCCAAAUCAAUAAAUUGAGACGAGAUGGAAAUCUCGAAGCGUACAUGUAUGACACAAUCAUUCAAAAACAACUCGCCGAAGGGGUUGUUGAAAAGGCGCUUGAAAAAGUCGUGGGAAGAGAAUGCUAUACGUGCCUCACCGCGCCGUUAUCCGUGAUGAAGCCGAGAGCACAAAGAUGA